GUAUCUUAUUUUCUACAUCCCUUUAGUUUUUUUUUAUCUAGCUAGUCCAAUAGCUUUUCUUCUAUAGGUGUAAAUGCAACUACAACAAUAACAAAAAGAGUAAUCUUAUUUUCUGAAGCAUAAAUAAUUAUAUAUAUAUAUAUAUAUAUAUACUUUAUCAUAUACUAGUAGUCUAAGUUCUUGUUAUCAAAAAAUAGUAUUACCAAAGGGUGUCAAUCUAGAAUUCCCAAGUGAAUAUGGGACUCUCUGAUAUUGAUGAGGAUGACUAUCCCUCCCCUGAGGUUCUGCCCGGGACGACGACGACGACGAUGAAGAAGUCAACGAAUUUGGAUGAUUUAUUUAGCGAUCCCAGCCCCCAAAGUGAUAAGGGGAGCUGUUCUGGACUGCCUCUAGGAAAUUCUUUUGACCCCAAAAAGGUUUCCAAUGACCCGCUCGAUAGCUUAUUCAUGUCGUCUCCGUUGAACUCUUUUCCAGAGGUGAAUAAUUCUACGAUGGGUGAACCACAGAAAAAUCUCAUAUAUGUGGAUAAUAUCGACGCCGCGACCUAUGAUGAUGCUAACCUGUUUGAUAUUUCUCGCCCAGCCAAGCAUUAUAGUUUCCACAACCCUGAAAGCCUCCUGGAGGGGUUUGAAAUGCAAGGAAAGAAGACUAGACCCUCGGCUGCCACCCACAGCACCUUAAAGUAUUUGACGCGCAACAAAGAUGAUAACAAAAUAACGGCACGGCUGUUGUCGCUCAUGAAUUACUACGACGUACUGGGCGUCCAUCACGACGCCACCGUUGAGGAAAUUCGGCGGCACUACAAACAGAAGGCCCUUGAGCUGCAUCCGGAUCGAGUAGGCCGUGCGCAAUCCCUCGAGGAGAUGGAACUCUUCAAGGUCAUCACAGAAGCACAUGAAGUAUUGAUGGAUCCGGAAAAGCGGUCGAAAUACGAUAGUGAAUUGCAGAAUGAAGGCUUCACUAUGACAUCUCCAGUAAGAAAAUAAAAUUGUGGUAAUUGUUAGUCGUGGUAAAAAUCUAGAUUGAUGCAUCGAUGGUUAUUUUAUUUUUGUGUGUUCCACUUCUCUUUUUACCAUUUUCAAGCUACUCUUGCAUCGGCUUGCGAUUUGAUUAUUUACUUAUCAUCAUUUUCAGCAGGCGGUUUCUGAAAAGACUGGAUAAUUUGUGAUAAAGCACAUUUA